CUACACGCCGGAGGUAGUUCGGAUUCCGGAAGUGGUUCAGGACGGACCCCGCACGUGUGGCUGCAGGAUGAAGUUUGCUUACCGGUUCUCGAAUUUGUUGGGUACAGUUUAUCGGUGUGGAAACUUAAAUUUCACCUGCGAUGGGAAUUCUGUUAUCAGCCCUGUGGGAAAUAGAGUCACUGUGUUUGACCUUAAGAACAACAGAUCAGAUACGUUGCCUCUGGCUACUAAGUACAACAUCAAGUGUGUGGGGCUGUCUCCAGAUGGUCGCCUUGCAAUCAUCGUUGAUGAAGGGGGCGAGGCUCUGUUAGUCAGCUUGGCCUGCAGGUCGGUACUCCACCACUUCCACUUCAAGGGUUCUGUGCACAGCGUCUCCUUUUCCCCCGAUGGCAGAAAAUUUGUUGUUACUAAGGGCAACAUUGCUCAGAUGUACCAUGCCCCCGGAAAGAAGCGAGAAUUCAAUGCAUUUGUUCUGGACAAAACCUAUUUUGGGCCCUACGAUGAGACCACGUGCAUCGACUGGACAGAUGACUCCAAGUGCUUUGUGGUUGGAAGCAAAGACAUGUCCACUUGGGUGUUUGGAGCUGAGCGCUGGGACAACCUCAUCUACUAUGCCCUGGGUGGACACAAGGAUGCCAUUGUGGCCUGCUUCUUUGAGUCCAACAGUCUGGAUCUGUACUCACUCAGCCAAGAUGGAGCCCUGUGUGUGUGGCAGUGUGACACACCCCCUGAGGGCCUAAAGCUAAAAGCCCCUAGGGGCUGGAAGGCAGACCUACUUCAGAGGAAGAAGGAAGAAGAGGAGGAGGAGGAGGAGGAGGAUGAAGAGGAAGGAGAGCGAGAAACCACCAUCCGAGGGAAGGCCAUGCCAGCUGAACAGGAGAAAGUUGGGAAAGUGAAGUACUCACGGCUGGCCAAGUACUUCUUGAAUAAAGAAGGAGACUUUAACAACCUGACAGCUGCCGCUUAUCAUAAGAAGAUUCAUCUCUUGGUCACGGGUUUUGCCUCUGGAAUCUUCCAUCUGCAUGAGCUCCCAGAGUUCAACCUCAUCCACUCCCUGAGUAUCUCCGAUCAGAGGGUUGCUUCAGUUGCCAUCAACAGCUCUGGGGACUGGAUCGCCUUUGGCUGCUCAGGCCUGGGCCAGCUGCUGGUGUGGGAGUGGCAGAGUGAAUCCUAUGUGCUCAAGCAACAGGGCCACUUCAACAGCAUGGUGUCACUGGCCUACUCCCCUGAUGGGCAGUAUAUCGUCACUGGUGGGGACGAUGGCAAGGUCAAGGUAUGGAAUACCCUCAGUGGCUUCUGCUUUGUCACCUUUACGGAGCAUUCCAGCGGGGUCACCGGUGUAACAUUUACCACCACUGGCCAUGUCAUUGUCACCUCCUCCUUGGAUGGAACCGUGCGGGCCUUUGACCUUCACAGGUACCGGAAUUUCCGCACCUUCACGUCUCCACGCCCCACGCAGUUCUCCUGUGUGGCUGUUGACUCGAGUGGGGAAAUCGUCUCUGCAGGGGCUCAGGACUCCUUCGAGAUCUUUGUGUGGUCCAUGCAGACGGGCAGACUUCUUGAUGUUCUGUCUGGCCAUGAGGGACCCAUCAGUGGUCUUUGCUUUAACCCAAUGAAGUCCAUCCUGGCCAGUGCUUCUUGGGACAAGACAGUGCGCCUGUGGGACAUGUUUGACAGCUGGAGGACCAAAGAGACCUUGGCUUUGACCUCUGAUGCCCUGUCAGUGGCUUUUCGGCCUGAUGGUGCAGAGCUAGCUGUGGCCACACUGAACUCGCAGAUCGUCUUCUGGGACCCUGAGAACGCUGUACAGGUGGGCUCCAUCGAGGGCAGGCAUGAUCUCAAGACAGGCAGGAAGGAGCUGGACAAGAUCACAGCCAAACAUUCAGCCAAGGGCAAGGCUUUCACUACCCUCUGUUACUCUGCGGAUGGGCAGAACAUUCUGGCAGGAGGCAUGUCCAAGUUUGUGUGCCUUUAUCACGUCCGGGAGCAGAUCCUGGUGAAGAGGUUUGAGCUUUCUUGCAACUUGUCUCUGGAUGCCAUGGAGGAAUUUCUGAACCGAAGAAAGAUGACAGAGUUUGGCAAUUUGGCACUCAUUGAUCAAGAUGCUGGGGAGGAGAAUGGCGUCGCAAUUCCCUUGCCAGGUGUAAGGAAAGGUGAUAUGAGUUCUAGACACUUCAAACCUGAAAUCAGGGUAACUUCUCUGCGCUUCUCUCCCACUGGACGCUGCUGGGCGGCCACCAGCACAGAAGGGCUCCUCAUCUUCUCUCUGGAUGCCCAGAUGCUCUUCGACCCAUUUGAGCUGGACACCAGUGUGACACCUGGGCGGAUCCGUGAGGCGCUACGACAGAGGGAGUUUACCCGUGCCAUCCUCAUGGCCUUCCGGCUCAAUGAGAGGAAACUGGCACAGGAGGCCCUGGAGGCUGUGCCACAGGACGAAAUUGAUGUUGUCAGCGCUUCCCUUCCUGAGCUGUAUGUAGAGAAAGUGCUUGAGUUCUUAGCGGCCUCCUUUGAAGAGUCUAGGCACCUUGAAUUUUACCUUAUAUGGACCCAGAAGUUACUUAUGUCACACGGACAGCAGCUGAAGUCCAGGGCGGGGCACUUGCUGCCUGUGGUCCAGUUCCUUCAGAAGGGCCUCCAGCGGCAUCUGGAUGAUGUUUCUAAGCUCUGUAACUGGAACCGUUACAACAUCCAGUACGCUCUGGCAGUUUCCAAACAGCGGGGCGUAAAGCGCACUCUGGAGCCUUUAGACACAGAAGAGGACGCAGACGCAUCUGAUGAUGACAGUCUACACCUACUCGGGAUGGCUGCGGAUGAUGAGGAAGAAGAGGAGAUGCUGGUGUAGAAGCCCCACCUCACAGCCUGAUUGACUGACUGACUGGAAAUGCUGGUGUAGGAGCACCACCUCACAGCCUGAUUGACUGACUGACUGGAAAUGCUGGUGUAGGAGCACCACCUCACAGCCUGAUUGGAGAUGGGCCCACUGCGCCCCUGAGCCCAGAAAGUGAGCGAUGCUAGAGGCCUCAGAACCCUGUAGCCGGGACUCUUUUGCUGUGAGACUGCACAUGCUGCCAUAGGCAGCAAGCCAACCUUUCGGAUCCAGGACUGGGAUGGAUGCCAUGGGCACGUGUGUGCUGUAGGCCCAGAUGUGGUGAUCCUGCAUAUAGACAUCUGAGAAGGAGGCAGUUUUAGAAGUGUGGACUUGCAAGCUUCUGUUGGUUAUUUAUAUUUUUAAUACGAACUUCUGAGAAUGAACUUUUUUUCCCAACUUAGGGUUAGAAAGCUUUUUUAAAAAUGUGAGGACUUAACUUCUCAACUUUGAGUUCCUGAUGUUUAUAGUGUGUCCUGGGUGAGACAUUGUCUUCAACUAAGCGGGAAAGACAAGAGUGGCUGUCUGCUCAGGCCUGUGGCCCUGGUCAUCUAUAGGUAUACGGAGUGAGCCAGAAAGUGUGCUGGGCUGACGCAGGAGGGUGGAUGUGACUGCUCAAGGCCAGGGAAGCCUUGAUCAGUGCCAGCGUGCACAGGUUGCACAGGAGAGGGGACAGUCCCUUCAUGCCAGAGGGGCGCUCUACUGAUACUCCCAGUGGUUGACCAACUCCAGCGUGUCAGCUCACCAGCGAAGUGACCCACAGGUCCCAACUCUCAUGCUGGGAACUGCCCAUCGGCCUCUGUCCAGGCCGCAGGAAUGGAUUUAUGUGACACCUAGUGUCACAGUCGGGGUGUGCCAUUGUCCUGGUCACCUGAAAUACACUCAGGCUUGACCACGGGUAUGGAAAGAAAUCAGAGCUCAGCCUGGUAUUUCUGGGUUUCCUGUUCCUACACAGUGUUUCUGUGUGUAGCUUGGAAUUGGGGUGGGAGCUCACUUCUUGCCUGCUCAAGGACAAGAUCCUGGCUGCCCAGAUGGGGCCUCGCUUGUUUUAGUGCCCUCCUGAGAUUUCUGUUUGCAGUAGUAGAUACAGUUUUUUGAAGCCCUACCAUUUUUGUCUGUGUUUGUGGUGCUGAACGUGGAACAGUGACAGGCUGGUACAACCGAGCCACACUUCAGCCAUCACCCAUCUCUAACUUGAAAUUUAAUUACUAUACCAGAAGCAGGGCUCAGUCACCCUUUGAAGUGCCUUUCAGGCCUGCUUCUUGGUAACCAUGCCCAUUCCAUCCCUGUGGACGAGGUCAGAUGCAAAUUGCUGCCACUCCAUUGAGUAUCUGUGCCCUGGCUUCCAAUAAAUAUUGGACCACCAAGCCCA